AUGUCAUCAACCUCAUCGUCGCCGGCCACCAAGGGCUCGAGUCGGUGGUCCUGGAGGGGCUCUCGCGGCUCGACGCCCGCCGCAGUCACGCCCGACAACGUGUCUGAAGUCGGCGACCACCUCAGCCGCACCUCGCUCGACCCGGGCCGCGACGACGCCGACCAGGCGCCGGCACUGCCCACCGGCGACGACUUGGGCCUCGCCGACGAGCUCCAGGGCGACUUGGACACCGAACAGGGCAAGUUCAAGGCGCUCCUUGGGAUCCUGCGCAAGACCAUCUCGGUCAAGGAUCUGUCGAGCGUCCGCAUCUCGUUGCCGGCCAACAUCAUGGAGCCGAUCGGCACCCUCGAGCACUGGACGUACAUCGAUCGCCCCGACUUCUUUGCCUCGCUCGCCGCGCUCGACGACGACGCCGACGAGCUCGAGCGCCUCCUCGCCGUCCUGCGGUUCAAGUUUACCAUCUGGCUCAAGUACGCCAAGCACCCGAUCGCCAAGUCGUUCAACUCGGUCCUCGGCGAGCACUUUCGCGCCGUGUACGACACUGCGCCGCUCGAGCUCGACCCGCACGAGGGCCACCCGGUCCCGACGGCCCACCUCGACGACAACCCGCUCCCCGAGGUGCUCGCGUGCGCCGGCCGUCCGUCGUCGUCGAACAACGUGACGGCCGCCGCCGCGCUCAAGUCGACGCCGUCCGUCACGAGCAUCUCGCGGCGCCCCAAGCCGAGCAGCAGCACCCUGCCUUCCUCGGCGUCGUCCAUCGCGUCCGCCUCGUCUUCGGUCGCGCCUUCGUCGUCCGCCGCCAGCUCUCGCCCACAGCGCACCGCGCGAGUCGUCAUCCUUAACGAGCAGACAUCGCACCACCCGCCCAUCUCGCACUUCCUGUGCGAGGCCCGUCUCGCCUCUUCUUCUUCUUCCGGCGGCGGCGCGAGCGGCGAGCCCACCGAGCGCGUCGUCCGGCUCCGCGGCGUCGACCAGCUGUCGGCCAAGUUCACGGGCGCCAACGUGCGCAUCGUGCCCGGGCAGCACAACAAGGGCCUCUUCCUCGAGCUCGCCGACGGCGAGGAGUUCCACAUGACGCACCCGGUCGCGGCCGUCGCGGGCCUCAUCCGCGCGAGCCCGUACGCCACCAUCUCGGACGUCGUCACCGUGACGUCGGUGCGCGAGGGCAGGGGCAAGGCGGGGCAGGACGGGUCCAGGAAGCGCCUGAGGGCCAUCGUCGAGUACCGCGAGGAGAGCUGGAUCUCGCGCCCUCGAUUCGCCGUCGAGGGCGUCGUGUAUGAGUCGGUCGCGGGCGAGGUCGACGGCGGCGGCGACAAACAGCAGCAGCAGCAGCAGCAGCGCUUCUCGCGCAUCAAGCAGGUCCCCAAGGAGCGCGUCGUCGGCACGCUCGAGGGCAACUGGCGCGGCGAGAUCCGGUGGAAAAAGGCGGGCGAGACGACCUCGACGACGCUGGUCGACCUCGUGCCGCUCGCCGUCGCGCCAAAGACGGUCGCGCCGCUGUCGGAGCAGGACGAGCUCGAGACGCGGCGCGUGUGGGCGCCCGUCAUCGACGCGCUGCACAACAAGGACUUCGCGACGGCGAGCCGCGAGAAGCAGCGCAUCGAGCAGGCGCAGCGCGACAAGGCCGACGAGAGGAAGAAGAAGGGCGAGAGCUACGUCCCGCGCUUCUUCGAGCCCGAGCCCGAGGACGUCUCGACGUGGGACGGUCGGCCCGUCCUGAGCGCCGCAGGGCGUGCGGUACUCGAGCACGACUUCCGGGCCGACUAUGGCGGCGAGUCGGCGGCGUGACUGGGUCGGAAGGAAGGAAAGGCGGUCAUGUACAUAGAACUCUCGUUGUCGUUGUCCCUCUCCCCAUCCCUCCCCCUCGCUCGCUGUUCCUCCUCCUCGAUCGAGCUACCAUUGCGCCUCGCGCCUGUUACAUAGAGCGUCUCUCUCUC